AUGGCGGAAUCGUACCCCAACAUGCACCUCAAUGGACACAAAACAGAAGGCGAGCAUGAGGAAAAAAUGAUGUGGAAAAAGAGGAUGGUCCAGUCCCAAACGACAACGAUGGAGAUCAACACCAAGUUCCUCGCCGAUCUCGACUCGCGACUUGAACCUUUGAACCCACUUCCUGAACAAGUCAAGCUUAUGCUCUCAAUCUUGCAAGAGUCGAACAGACAGCACGAACUACAGAUGAAACAGAUGAGUGAACAUCUUAUCAAAGAGAUCCACAGAAGCGAAGCCAGACAAACGGAAAACUUGAAUAAAGCUACACGCGAUUAUAACUCUAAAUUGGAGCUCAUCUCUAAACAGAUUUAUGACAUGCAUGCAGAGCUCCAGACAGUCCGAGGAAAGAUUCGCGAAGAUUUCAUGCUUGUCGAUACUAAUACUCACGACAAAAUCAUCGAAGUCCAAGAAAAAUGCACCAAAGCAGCUGAACGGCUUCACGAUAUCAACUGUGAUACUCUCAGUCUCAACGAGAAACUCGCUGAGAUGAGAGACAAUAUAAUUGAUGACCGUCUGGCCUUUAUGAAACAACAUGAAGACAUGGUGCGGAUGAAGGAGAAUCAAGAGAAAAUCUUGCGCCUCAUUCGAGGUCCCGAAGCUGUUCUCAAGCAAAAGGACAAAGAGAAGCGCACGAAGCAUAGAUCGGGAGAGAGCGAUGACGAACGAUCUUGCAAAGAGGAGAACGGCGUGAAGCGCGAAUACCGCGACCAUGAUUCACACAGUUCCAGACGCAGCAGCUUUGAUCGUGACUCCGAAUCGCAUAGCUCUCACAAACAUCGUCCAAGUUCAUAUGAUCGCAAUAGAGGAACCUACAAUCCCAGUUAUCGCAGGCCGUUUGCGACGAAGAAGCAGAGGCGCAGCGAGUCUCCGGGCCCAAGCUACAAUAAUAAUAAUAGCAGAUCGACGAGACCAUCGCGAUUUCCUCGGGCGCGCAGCUAG